AUGCCCAACUCCAUUGGCCAAGCAUCGCUCAAAGUCCUACACUGGCUUAUCCACAUGCUAUGCAAACAUUACAUUGAACUCCAUCUAUGCACUGACAAUUGGAAAGCAAUGAAAUUAAUGAUUGAUAACUAUUCCCAAUGGUACAACUACCAUGUCAUGAAGAAACAAACUAGCAGUCAUGUCAAGUCUGAAGACAUAGAGACUGUUAACGAUGAUAACAACAACGACAAGUCCCUACUGGCUUCAACACCUGCUGUUACUCCUCCUUCUUCCUCACCAUCUGCAAUGCCUGCUGUUAUCCCCCCUUCCUCAUCUUCUUCAACACCUGCUGCUACCCCUCCUUUCUCAUCUUCAACUUCUCUGAAACGAGUUAACGUUGAUAUUGACCCUGUCACAAACUUGGAACCAGCAUUGAAAAGACAACGAGUCAAAGUGGAGGACCUCUCACCUUCACCUCUUUUCACUGGCCCAGAUAAUGAUUUGUAUAUUCCACUGAACUUGGAAAUCCUGCAACACCCUUCACCAGAAUGUGAACCAACCCCACCUCCCUGUACCAACAAAGGAAAAGAGAAGGAAGUGAUUACUGUGGAGGUCAACAAUCCUCUUUCUAAUUUUGUCUUCAAACCUCACCCCAAGCCAAUCCCAAAGAAAGUUCCUGCCUCCAUUGACUCCGCCACUUUUGGAACCACUAGCGCUGAGCUGACUAUCAUCAUCCCUCCAUCCAAUGACCCAUCAGAUACCAAUGCAGCUUCCCUCACUGUUGAGAUGGAACUUCUGUUAGCAACCCCCCUAGAGCACAUUCCCAGUAUGAUCAACUUGAAGGCCCAACCUGCAAAGAAGCAUCAGCAGAGCACAAAGCCCAUGUGUAAAGAACUGGCAAGCGUCUUUGCAACCUACUGGAAUGGUCUAUCGAAGACUGACAAAGAGGUAUACAAGCACAAAGUGGCUCUACAGCUCGGCUCGGCUGGAUCCACCAAAAGGAAUGGCGCCGGUGAUGACACAGAUGAAGAGUAG